AUCUAAAUCAUCCUUAAAAAGACACCCUAAUCUCUCACUCACUUUUCUUGCAAGCACUAUGUAAGGGGUGUCUUGUGUAAAGCAGGGUCUUCAGACAUGAUUACAGUUAUUCUCACCUUUAUGCUAUCUCUAGGACCAGGCAUCACCGCAUAUGUUUCUGUAAUUCAGUCUGAAACACUGAAGACAUUUAUACCUGGUAAUGAUAUAAAUUUACACUGCAAAAUCGAAGAAUUUCAUGAAAACUACUUCUCCUGGUUUAAACAGUCUCUCGGACAAGCACCAACUUGCAUUCUGACUCUUUAUGCUGAUUCCUCUCCUGUUCGUCACGGAGACUUUACGCAUGAUGAACGGUUUACAGCAGAGAAGAAAGGAACACGAUUUACUUUAACAAUUAGAAACAUAAGGGAAGCUGACAGUGGAAUUUAUUACUGUGCUGCCCGGGAUUAUGACCUUGUCUUUUUCAGUAACGGAGUAUUUCUCAAAUAUGAAGGACCAAAUAUAAAAUCAUUUAAUUAUCAGAUUAAUAAAAUUCCUUCAAUGGACCAGACAGAGGACAGUCCAAAAUUGAAAGAGGCCGUUUAUCCAGGAGACUCUGUGACUCUGCAGUGUUCAGUGCUCACUGAGAGCUGCUCAGGAGAUCACAGUGUGUACUGGUUCAGACAUGGAUCAGGAGAAUCCCAUCCAGGAAUCAUUUACACUCAUGGAAACAGGAGUGAUGAGUGUGAGAAAAGCUCUGAGACUGAUUCUCCUACACAGAGCUGCGUCUACAAACUCCCCAAGAGAAACCUCAGCCUCUCUGAUGCUGGAACUUACUACUGUGCUGUGGCUGCAUGUGGACAGAUACUGUUUGGGAAUGGGAGUAGGCUUGAAAUUACUGAUCCAAAUUCAGAAACCGCUCAGAUGUACUGGAACCUCAUUGCCUUGGCAGCAUCAAAUGUGUUAUGCGUAAUUAUCAUUGUUGUCCUCUUGUGCGCAAGGACAAAGAAAAGGAAUAUUAGCACAUCUGGUCAACCAGAGCGAUUACAUUCCACAUCUGCUCCUUUCCCUUCUGCUGUGAAUGAGGCUGAUGAGAGAAAGGAGCUGAGUUAUGCUGCAAUUCAUUUCCCUGCAAGGAAAUCCAAGAGGCGAGAGACACAAGAAGAAACAUGUACAAACGUCAUCUACUCAUCUGUCCAUGGUUUGAGUUGAACAUGGGAACAAUAUUAAUAAAGAUGUCUCAUUUUUGAUUGAGUACCCACUGCUGCAUUAAUAAACUCAAAACAUAUGGCAAAAUCUA